CAUUUAAGUGGUCUAUACUUGACUAGUUUAUAUACCGUCAUGACUGUCCUAUACGACUCCCAUUGUGUCCGAUCAGCUGUUUGCAGGAGGAGGAAGUUUGAGAGAAAGAUUCGUCAGGCUUGAAGAGAUUUGGUUAUCUCUCGUCGCCGUCACUUAGUCACGUCGCCCAUCUGUUCACCCUGCUAUUCAACGGCUGCAGGUUCGAGAAAGGAAUACAACAAUACGUGCAACUCUGUGUACUGUGCUCUCUAUAAUUCAUACCAGCUGCAGAAGAAUGGUCUACAUGAAAUUCAACAACAAAACGGAUGUCAUGGAAACAGGAUUUUCUGAGCCUUCUGUGUCGGUGUACAGUCUAGCUCGCUGAGGUAUUAUAACCAGAUAUCACACGUACACUAGAGUCUACCAGUCGAUGAAAUUGCGCUAGAAACAGUUGGACUAACUGAACCAGGACACCGGGUGCGUUGGUGGACACGACACCAAAUUUUGAUAGGUCGGUGAGCCAUGCCGGAAGUUGUAUUGAACAGAUAUAACCUCUUCAAGUUCUGCUUGGGUCAAGUACAAAAGGAUCCUUAUCAGUGUACUAGUGCUGUUAGAAUCAAAACGCGGGAGUUGACUUCACUUCGACUGAAAAAUAACUGAUGAAACGGACUGGGAGAGUCACCAAUUUUGAUCAGUUUUAGCAGACGACAAGAUGGCGGCAUUCACAUCACAGGAAGUGAUGGAGACCAUGAGCAAUGGAAUGAUGAAGGCAGAUUCUACCAAAAGUGUCAAGAGAGAAGCACCAGCGUCAUCAACUUGCCCGGAUGGAGGAUGGGGAUGGGUGGUGACGGCUUCUAGCUUCUACUCCAUGUUCCUUGUGUACGGAACUGUCAAUUGUUAUGGCGUCAUCUACAUAGAAUGGCUGGACUACUUCGGAGAGAGCAGGACGACCACGUCCAUGAUCGGGGGCCUUGUUUUAGUUUCUAUAUCGAUAGCAGGACCAGUCUCCAGUAUACUUGCAAAUAAGUUCAGUCAUCGCGCGGUGGUGAUAUUGGGCGCUAUUGCAGGAGCGGUGGGAAUGGCGAUGAGUGCCUUUGCCAACAGUAUCUACUUCCUCUACGUCAGUUUUGGCAUCAUUGGAGGUAUUGGAACUGGUUUCGCUACAAUCGCUUCGCUGUCUCUAGUGGCUCUCUACUUCGACAAGAAGAGAGCCACUGCUUCCACUAUAGCCAUGUCAGGGGGAGGCAUUGCCUACUUGGUGUUUCCUCCUGUAUUCGAUGCCUGUAUAAAGGCGUUCACUUGGAGAGGGACCAUGUUGAUCCUGGGGUGCUUCUGGCUACAGUGUUGUGUGGCCGGUGCCUUACUUCGGCCACUGCCAAAGAAGUACAUUAGCGCUACUGCCAAACGACCUCCUAUCUGUGAUGUAGGUCUGCUAAAGAAGUGGUACCUGUGGGCAUAUCUUUUAGCUGAACUCUUAUGGCAUGUAGACCUUUUCAACUUUCCGUCAAUCCUGCCAGACUUUGCCAGAUUAAAUGGACAUGGUAAAUCAGAAAGUGGGUUACUUUUGACAAUCAUGGGUGCUGUGUUGAUUCCAUCUCGAAUAUUAGGUGGCUUGCUUGUGGACCGAUUCAUUCUUAACCCUCUUCUUUCCAUAAGUUUGAUUGUGUUCGUAAUGGGAGGGUCGAACUUGAUAUUUCCAUUUGUUGCCUCUUCCUACCCUGCUUUAGCUGUGAUCGCAGGCCUCCGGGGCUUUUUGAGCGGAAUCUCGGCGGCGGCCUCUCCAGGAAACUUGGUGCUGUUAUUCACUACGCAGAGACUGACAACGGCUGUUGGCUACAAUAUCAUGGCGCUGGGAUUAGGACAGCUGAUUGCGCCACCAUUGGGAGGGGGUAUUCACGAUCGAACGGGAAGUUACAUCUACGUCUACCUAACAUGCGCUGGCCUAACCUUCGCUUCCGGAGCUUCUUACAUCUUCCUUUACGCCAAGUUCCGCAAAAGAUGGAAGAGGAACAAUACCAUGAAUAUGGAGGUCACAGAUGAAGUUGCCAUGCCGGAAGAGAUGGAGGAACUGCAGAAUCAUACGAGGUCAAAACCGGAGGACGAGUGUGAUAACCUUAAGGAGUCGUGUGCAGAAGCCAACGGUUACGAGUUCAAAUUGGGGAAUGAAAAUGCGCCGUGUUCACCAUCAGAUAAGGGAGAUUCGGAUGAAAAAAUUAAGAAUUCUUUUGACCCUUUGGGUAGUGAUAAGCAUGAGGUUAAUGCAGUUUGAAGCAUUUAUGGUUGUGGAUUGUGUAUGUUCGUGUAUAUCUUGUUUAUAGAAGGAAUGGUAGUACGAGAUAAAGCAGAAUGCAUGUGUGUACAAGCACGUGUCAGUCAAUACAACGAAUGGAAUCGUGCACAAGCGGUACCCGAGUGUAGAAUAUGCUCAUAUUUUAUUCCCAUGACAGAUACAUACACUCGAUGCAUAUUUUCUUUUCUCCGCAGCAUUAUGAUUGGUAUAGUACGAAUAAGAAGUCUGCUAUCCGAUGUCAAAACGGUUUAAGUUUAGGAUCGGUAAGGGUAGUCGACAGCACAACCACGGUAUGCUACAGCUUGAUAGAAUGAAGAUGAUAAUUGGGUAUCUGGAACUCCGGUGGCAAUAUUUCGCCGUUCACCUACUGUAGGUUUGGAUUUUACAUUAGGGUGCUUGUCGUAUUUGACUUUUUCUCAUGGCCAUUGGCCUGGUCAAAUGGGUGAGAUGUGUGUGUGUGUGUGUGUGGUGGUGGCGGGGGAGGCUUUCAGUAAGUGGCGACUCUAAUUGAGUACCGUUUAAAUAAAGAUUUUGUAUGUACAAAUGUACGUACAUGGAGCGCGUUUCCACGGAGAGGUCCAUGCUGACAGCGUUAUGAUCACAUACCGACUUACCGGCGGUGAAUAUCAGUCCUAAAUUCUCCUCCUUUCACCGCCGAUAACUCCCGCCAGGUCAUCUGUCGGACGCACCGUCAUAAACGGGUGGCUAAUCAAACGUCUCGUGCGACAACCACGAGUGAGUGUAAUGUUAGUGUUGUCGCGACAGAGGACGCGUGGGAAAGGAAGGGAAUGCAGGGAGACUACCGAUAAAGUAACAUCCUUUCUGACGGCCGAUCAGGGUGGAGUUAUCGGCGGUGAAGGAUGGACAUACGCACAACGGCGGUGGAUCGGCAUGGCAUGUAUGAUCAUCAUCCCAGAGCCUUCGGUGGACGCUACUCGUUCGCUUUACCUUUGAACUCUGACAUGGAAGAACUUGAACCACUACGCCACUGCGCGCUCUGGCCCCAUUAUGUUGUAUGGGGAUGGUGUGUUUUCUUAGUGCAGAGCCACAUAGUUUAUUGUCUACGAUGACGGAUGUCAAAAUGGACUGUGAUAUUUACGCUUAUCAAAUAGAUUUAUAAGCACAUAAUUUUGGAUGAUUUUAAUUGAUGUAUAUAGGGCCACAGCAUGCACAAGAUUGCACUAAUUUCAUGUCGUGCCUGUACGUAUUUUUUUUCUUCUCAAAAGAGUGUUAUGAUACCUCGAGUCAAUUUAUAACGAUAUCUUAAAUUUUACAAUGUGGGUGAUUUUGUGAGUGAUUGGGGGUGGUUGUGGGGGGUAGGGCUACCGGGGGUUAGUUGGCCCAAACUGAUGUUUAUACUUACUGUAUUAUUGGUAAUGCUGUGUGACUUAUUGUUUUAUGAUAAUGAAAAGUAAAUCGUCUUUUGUACUUACAUGUAGCUGUCUCGGAAACCGAAUCUGUUUGAAAGAUCGCUGAUGAAAUUCAUUUGCAUACUACGUGCUUUGCUCUUUUAUAGCUUUUCGUAUGGCUUACAAAACAUGUACUGUCUAAUAAAGUCGAAUCUACCAACUUUUCAUGAAGAAAAUAAAACAAGACAAGAUCGUUUUGUCA